UUUUUAAAAAAAAAAAGCAGCUGGCAGAAAAGUGAGGGGCUGAAGAUGAGAAGCUCUGAAGUCAAAGGGCUUGAUACCCUUUACAGGUCGGUGGGGGGAAACAUGGUUCCUUUCCUAGAAGGUCAAUAAGGCUGACUGCGAAGGUUCAACGCACUUCUCUAAGUAUUGAUGAUGUUCUCUUGGUGUUUAAGACCUGUGUACUCCCCCUUCCCUCAAUCGGAACAUCACUUGUGGCCAGAAUUCAAGUUUUUUCCAGGGAAACUUUAAAUCCUUACGUAAAUCAGGGGAUGUAGCUUGGGACUAGCUCGUGUGACCCUAGCAUUCUGUGGCGAGCACCUUCAUAGAUGCCAUAAAGGGAAGAGAGGAGCUCGCACCUGAUCUCAAAGUCAUAGGGAGCCUGCAUUGUCAGGUCCCCUAGGACUGGGUGCCCUGUAAUCUCUUGUUUUUGUAAAGGCUAGGGCGGGGCCGAAAGCGUUACAAAGGAGCCUGGAUGGAUGCUGUUGUUUUCUUCUUUUAGAUCUUAUCUCUUCAGUCCCUUUUGUCAUUAGAGCAUGUUUUUCAUGAAAGUAUUUGAGCAUGGAGGCCGCAUUACAUGCUGUGGAUUGUACUGGAAGAGCAGAGGAGCCAGGUGAUAGCCAGGGGCAGCCAGAGGGGAUCGCGCCGCAGCCCGCCAAUGACUAGCAGGAAACAGCACGCCUGCCAGAACGCAUUAUUUCAACUUUGGCUUUCAGGGCGCUAAUUCCCUGAAUGGCAAUAACAAGGGGGCGGGAGGGAGAAACACGUGGGAACGGAAAGAAAAGAUAUUUGAGAAGCUAAAUCUGAGGGGGAAAGGAGUUGCCGGAGUUUUGGGGGCGAGCAGAUGCAGGCAGGGAGGCAGAGGAGGGGAAAAGGCUGGGCUUCGGGAACCUGCUGCUGGGCUUUAGACAAAGGCGGUUUGAGAAGCAGAGAACGAGGCGGGACCAGUUGCUAAUAUCAGCACGGGGACGGAGCCAGCCAGCUGGACUCCCGGCAUGAAACGGACUCAAUUCCCAGCGUCUCCUUUGGGCUGGGAAUGACUGGAGUAUGUACCAAACUAAGAACUCAGAGGAAAAAGUAAGUUUGGGGAAGGACUUCCAGAUUCUGCCCGUCUUUGCAAUCUUGCUCCCCUGUGAGGCAUGCCUCCGAUGCGUUACCUCUUUAUAGUUUCUGUUUCUUGCGUGAUCAUUUUUAUUGUGUUCUACGUGUUCAGUUUUGGGGGAGAGCAAAGCUUCCAGAGACCGAAUAAUUCAGACACUUUGAUCCUGACUCAGGUUUGCACAUCCUUCAUCAAAGGCAAAACACCCUUCCUGUGGAGAAACAAACUGAUAAUGUACGAGAUGUCUUCUUGCAAGGACUACCUGAUCCAAAGCCACUACAUCACGGCCCCUUUAUCCAAGGAAGAAGCUGAAUUUCCUUUGGCAUAUAUUAUGGUCAUCCAUCACCAUUUCAAUACCUUUGCAAGGCUCUUCAGAGCUGUUUACAUGCCCCAAAAUGUCUACUGCGUUCAUGUGGAUGAAAAGGCAACCAUUGAAUUCAAAGAGUCAGUAGAGCAAUUAUUGAGCUGCUUCCCAAAUGCUUUCCUGGCCUCCAAGAUGGAGCCGGUUGUCUAUGGGGGGAUCUCCAGGCUCCAGGCUGACCUGAACUGCCUCAAAGACCUCGCAGCGUCCAAGGUGCCCUGGAAGUACGCCAUCAACACGUGUGGGCAAGACUUCCCCCUAAAGACCAACAAGGAGAUCGUUCGGUAUCUGAAAGGCUUUAAAGGGAAAAACAUCACCCCGGGGGUGCUGCCCCCAGCUCACGCCAUUGGACGGACUAAGUUCGUCCACCGGGAGCACCUGGGCAAAGAACUUUCCUAUGUGAUCAGAACCACGGCACUCAAGCCCCCUCCUCCCCAUAACCUCACCAUUUACUUUGGCUCUGCCUAUGUCGCUCUGUCAAGAGAAUUCACCGACUUUGUCCUCCGUGACCCGCGGGCUGUUGACUUGCUUCACUGGUCCAAAGACACUUUCAGCCCCGAUGAGCAUUUCUGGGUGACGCUGAAUCGGAUCCCAGCUGCUGGAGUUGCUUCCCCCAGGAGCGUCCUUACCACCCUCCUAUGUCUCCAGCGCCCUCCACAUUUGCCAAGUGCUCCAGCCACCCUCACAGGUGUCCCUGGCUCCAUGCCAAAUGCAUCAUGGACCGGUAACCUCAGGGCUAUAAAGUGGAUCGACAUGGAAGAUAAACACGGAGGCUGCCAUGGCCGCUACGUACACGGCAUCUGUAUCUACGGAAACGGAGACUUGAAGUGGUUGAUUAAUUCGCCCAGCCUCUUCGCUAACAAGUUUGAGCUUACCACCUACCCCCUCACUGUGGAAUGCUUGGAGCUGAGGCUUCGAGAAAGAACCCUAAAUCAGAGUGAAACCGUAAUUCAACCCAGCUGGUAUUUCUGAUCCCUUGUAACACGGGCUCAGCGGGCGCCUGCAGCCGGGGAGAAGAGCCUUGCUUCGUGGGACAACUCUGCCUCGUUUAGGGGAGGAGGUGCCGGAGUGAGGUUAGGGCUGCAGAACCUGGCCGUGUCAUUCUGUGUGAUGACGUCUGUGGACACUGUGAACUCUGCCAUCAGGGUGGCUGCCUGGGGUGAGGCCAGCCUUUUGGCCUCACCAGUGGGGCUGAUGCUCUGAUCGGUGCUAAAUUGAACUGACGUCAGACCUUUGCACCAGAUGCUCACUGGAGAGAAACAUUCUCAUGAAAAGGAGAACUGUUGAGGGAACUAGGAAUUGUGUCUCUUUGAAGGAGUCUUCUCUGAUAGGUCUGUAGCCACGCAUUCAUGGACACAAGUCCUCUUUGCUCAGCCACACGGAGGCAUAGAAACAGCUUUCUGGGCAACUCAGCCGUCUCCUUUAGAACUUGAGCUACCAGAAGGGAGAACUAGGUCUUGUUCCCAAGUUCCAACACUAGCAUUUCCAGUUGACUGUGUCUGGAUUUCUGUGUAGAAAGUAAAAUCAUUGACAGGAGGCAGGAUAUGCUUUUCGGACAGUGGCCACUGCUUCCUGCUUCAGCAAAGGGAUCCCAGGGAAACUGGACUUUUCUUGGGGUGUGUCUAGAAUGUGCGCUAGUCCCCUUGCUGUUCCUUUCCAUGGAGAACGCCGAAACAUUCCCAAGAAUGAAGAUAUUUCUAGAAGAGAGGUGCUGUUGCAUGAAUCUUGUCCCGAGUCUCUAGCCUCAGAAUGAGUCACUUUCCUCUUUGGUCACCACCCUCCAUCCCCACCGAAGUGAUCUUACCUGCAAAAUGGAGUCCAGAUUCUACGCCGUGAGGCUUCAAAGGACUCCGGAGUAUUCCUGAGUAGGUUAGUGCUAGUAAGAGCGACUAGGUUUCUAAGAGCUCUCCGUUGUGAGUGAGCAUCUGUGUCACCGAUCCCUGGUCUUGUUCCUUUAUCCAACUCAUUCAUUCAGCAUGCAGUCCGUAAAUACUUGUUGAGUGCCUGUUGUACACCACACCCAUUUUGGACACCAGGAGAAAAGGGAGACAGAAGCUUUUUCACUCUAAAGUUCUUGGUAACAGCAUUGAGGUCGAAAAGGCAGCUGUAGAGAAUCUCCCGGAUUGCUUGUAUUUUAAUACUUUCAUGUGCAGAGUUAUAGAUUUGGGAUAUCAGGCCAAGAAUCUGAGUAAUUAGAAAUCGAGGUCUAGGGGCGCCUGGGUGGCUCAGCCGGUUAAGCGUCUGCACUCAGCUCAGGUCAUGAUCCUAGAGA